GCUAGUGAUGGUCUGUUGGCACUCGGAGUCAUCGAUGUUUUUGCUUGAACUUCACUAAGUAAAAAAAAAAGGGGAAAAGAGUCGAAAAUGUAGUAAAACUUACCGCAAGGAGGUAAAUAAAUUGUAGCAAGUGAAGUGAAACAAAAGGACAGUGGGCCAGUUGCCAGUGCGCCACCAUUGGGCAGCCCUCGGAGGAGCCGGCUGGAGUGGAUAAUUGACGGCUAUCGGUUAAUUCAAGGCCCCGAAUCCGAAUCCUUUGGAAGCCCCAAGUUCAGCUGCUUUUGCUUUUGCUUUUGCCUUUGCCUUUGCACACACUGACCUUCAUUAUACAUACAUACCCGUACAUAUAUGCAAGGUGGUUGUGCAGGUGUGUGAGUGAGUGUGUGGGUGCACUGGAAAAAAGCUGGGAUUUUCCUAGCCAACAAAAAAACGCUAUUUAAAGCCGGAAAAGUGGUAAAAACAAAGCGUAAGAAAAAGUCAAGGACAACAUGCUGCCCCCCGCCCACAAAAGUUUGGGUUGUGGGUGGGCCACCCAUUAGAACUCUACUGAAACGCAAGCGCAGGAGUUUUUUUUCCUCCGUUUUCGGGGUCAUGGUCACGGGAUAUAGCAAAAUACCCAUAUAAAGCAUAAAAAAUCAUGUCCAGCGAAUCCUCCACCGAAGGCGACAGCGAUCUGUACGAUCCUUUGGCCGAGGAGCUCCACAAUGUCCAGUUGGUGAAGCAUGUGACCCGGGAGAACAUCGAUGCGCUGAAUGCCAAGUUCGCCAAUCUGCAGGAGCCACCGGCCAUGUACUUAAUGGAAUACCAGGAGCUGACCUCGAAGCUGCACGAACUGGAGGCCAAGGAGCAGGAGCUGAUAGAGCGCCUGAAUGCCCAGGAUCAGAGGCAGGAGCAGCAGCAGCAGCAGCAGCAGCAGGAGCAGGAGCAGCCGCACUACCAGAAUCAAACCCAGAUUCUCCAGCAGCAGCGCCAGCUGGCCCGCGUCCAUGUCCAUGGCAGCGAUCUUACGGAUAGCCUAGUUAGCUCCCAGCCGGGCAGCCAGUGUGGAACUCUCACCCGCCAGCCCAAGAUCCUGCUGCGCGCCCAUUUGCCCAACCAGCAGCGCACCUCCGUGGAGGUCAUCUCCGGCGUCCGCCUCUGCGAUGCCCUAAUGAAGGCGCUGAAGUUGCGCCAACUAACACCCGAUAUGUGCGAGGUGAGCACCACGCAUGCGGGCAGACAUAUCAUACCGUGGCACACGGACAUCGGCACCCUGCACGUGGAGGAGAUCUUUGUGCGGCUGCUGGACAAGUUUCCCAUACGGACGCACAUCAAGCAUCAGAUCAUUAGGAAGACCUUCUUCUCGCUGGUCUUUUGCGAGGGCUGUCGGCGGCUGCUGUUCACCGGGUUCUAUUGCAGCCAGUGCAACUUCAGGUUCCAUCAGAGGUGCGCCAAUCGGGUGCCCAUGCUGUGCCAGCCCUUUCCCAUGGACAGCUACUACCAGCUGCUGCUGGCCGAGAAUCCGGAGACGGGCGUCGGUUUUCCGGGCACCCGCGGCACUGCCGUGCGCUUCAACAUGAGCAGCCGCAGUCGCAGUCGGCGGUGCAGCAGCAGCGGCAGCAGCAGCAGCUCCAAGCCGCCCUCCGCCUCCUCGGGCAACCAUCGGCAGGGUCGUCCGCCGCGAAUCAGCCAGGACGAUCGCUCCAAUUCGGCACCGAAUGUGUGCAUCAACAACAUUCGCUCGGUGACCAGCGAGGUGCAGCGCAGCCUGAUCAUGCAGGCCAGGCCGCCGUUGCCGUAUCCCUGCACGGAUCACUCGAACUCCACGCAAGCCUCGCCCACCAGCACGCUGAAGCACAAUCGACCCAGGGCCCGAUCGGCGGACGAGAGCAACAAGAAUCUGCUCUCCAGGGACGCCAAGAGCUCCGAGGAGAACUGGAACAUCCUGGCGGAGGAGAUUUUGAUUGGGCCGCGCAUCGGUUCGGGCUCCUUUGGCACCGUUUACCGCGCCCACUGGCACGGACCCGUGGCCGUGAAGACGCUCAACGUAAAGACGCCCAGUCCCGCCCAGCUGCAGGCGUUCAAGAACGAGGUGGCCAUGCUGAAGAAGACGCGCCACUGCAACAUUCUGCUCUUCAUGGGCUGCGUCUCCAAGCCCUCGUUGGCCAUUGUAACUCAGUGGUGCGAGGGCAGCAGCCUCUACAAGCAUGUCCAUGUCAGCGAGACCAAGUUCAAGCUGAACACGCUGAUCGAUAUUGGUCGCCAGGUGGCCCAGGGCAUGGAUUACCUGCAUGCCAAGAAUAUUAUACACAGAGACCUCAAGUCGAACAAUAUAUUCUUGCACGAGGACUUGUCCGUGAAAAUUGGCGAUUUCGGCCUUGCCACGGCGAAGACGCGUUGGUCUGGCGAAAAGCAGGCCAAUCAGCCCACUGGCAGUAUUUUGUGGAUGGCUCCGGAGGUGAUUCGCAUGCAGGAGCUGAAUCCCUACUCCUUCCAGUCGGACGUUUAUGCCUUUGGCAUCGUGAUGUACGAACUGCUGGCCGAGUGCCUGCCGUAUGGCCAUAUUAGCAACAAGGAUCAGAUCCUGUUUAUGGUGGGACGUGGAUUGCUGCGCCCCGAUAUGAGUCAAGUGCGCUCGGAUGCGCCGCAGGCUUUGAAGCGCCUCGCCGAGGACUGCAUCAAGUAUACGCCCAAGGACCGGCCGCUCUUCAGGCCGCUGCUAAAUAUGCUGGAGAACAUGCUGCGCACUUUGCCCAAGAUCCAUCGCAGUGCCAGCGAACCGAACCUCACGCAGUCGCAGCUGCAGAACGACGAGUUUCUGUACCUGCCCAGCCCAAAGACGCCGGUGAACUUCAACAACUUUCAGUUCUUCGGCAGUGCUGGGAAUAUCUAAACGGCGACCUGUACCUGUACUUAUAUCCUGUUUCUAUAUUAUAUAUAUUUUUUGUCCCUCUGUACAUAAGCGAUUCGCAAAGGGGAAAGCCCGCCAAAGUGAAAGAGAUGGACGACUCACGAGCGAAUUUAGCUGCUUUCCUUGGAACUGACUAAGUGCAUUUCUGUUACCACAAAACGACUAAAGAAACUGUAAACUAAACUGCAACGCCCAUGUGUACAUAACUGCAUCAUAACUUAUAUACGUUAGGCAAGACUACUGAAACUAAAAAACUAAAAACUAAACUAAACUAAACUAGCUGAUCGCAAUUACAUUAUACACAUUAUACUUAUACUACAAAAAGAACG